AUGUUGCCUGCCAGACAAUCGUGGGGUCUUAGUGUCCACGCAAGGACGCUUUCAUCCUAUGCUCCAUUGGCCCUGCUGAGAGAGACUCUCAGUAAGAAAGCCCGUCAGGCAUUAAGAGAAGCCAGACAGCUGGCUAAGAAAGAAAAAACUCAACAGGGCAGGAAGAAGGUCAAGAAGGGAGGAAUGACUCACCAUUUUUUCAGAGAUGCCGUCAGUGUGCUUCGAUCUGAAAACAAAAUUCAACCCUUGGAAAACUUGGGUGUCACCCCGCUUGAGGCAGGGGACAUGGAGAAUGAGAGCAUAGUUUCUUACAACCAAGCCAGUCUUCCACUCUUGAAAGGCUUGAACGUUUUCAAAAGAUACCAACAUCAUGAGCUUUUUGAAAGUCCAAUUUCUGUUGUCUCGCUGAACACCAGAUUGUUGUUGGACAAUGUCUUGAAUGAUGCGAAGAACACCAAAGAGAACAGACAUUUCCUUCGAGGUGAGAGAGGAGUGGGCAAAUCCACGCUUCUCGCUCAAGCACAUGCCCUUGCGUACUCAAAGUAUAAGGGUGACGUUGUCAUGUUGCAUUUCGAGUCUCCAGAGAAUAUCGUGAAUGGUACCUCCAAUUAUUUGUUCAACAAGGAGAAAGGCGUUUUCCAGCAGCCAAUGUUCACGAAAAGAUGGAUAGGAAAGACCCGUUUUGUGAAUGAAAAGGUUUUCAGAAAGAUGCCUUUGACUAAGGAUAUCGAAGUGUCCACCGAGAAGUCUGCUUUCAAGUUGAAGAAGGACAGUAACACAGUUUAUGAUUUCCUCCUCAGAAGUCGUGACUUUGCUAAAGCCACAUCUGCUUUUGACCUCUUAUGGGAGCAGCUUCAACAUCACUCAGAAAAGUUCCCAGUGAUCUGCACAAUCGAUAACUUCAACGGCCUCAUCUCGAAGCCUUUUACCGAGUAUCGCCACACAAAUUACACUCCCAUCCACCUUACCGAAUUUGAGAUGGGUAACUACCUUCUUGACUUGGUUACAGGUGAUCUCUCCUUCAAGAAGGGAGCUGUCAUUGCAUGCGACUCUAGCGCCCAUGCCAAUACAAAAACUCUCUCAGUGGGUUUGGGACUUGAGGAAUAUGACCCAUACUCGAGAAAGGCAGAGUGCGACAAGAUUAUCGCUCAACGUCUUCUCAAAAACGGCAAGAUCCCUGUUGUGAAUGUCAAAAACCUCACACCUGAGGAAGCCCGUUCUUUGGUCCUGUUCUAUGGCCAGGCUGGUGUUUUGAAGGUUAGAGACUACCCAUACAAAGAGACUAUUGCCAUGCCAGAAGACACAAGCUCUGCGAGCCUGAUGAAACUCGUGGGUGCUUUGCCACAAGUGAUCGAUGCUGAAUACCAGUUUGAGAGACUCAUUAAAUCAACUUUCAACGUGUCCCAGGGUAACCCAGGUCACCUUCUUAAAGCAGCCGCUUUCGACUGCUGA